GUCGGAAUCAAGCUUACGCAAGUCGUCAGCGUGUGUUUCUGUGCAUUUGGAAAAUGGCGAGCUGGUGUGUCCGAGCAGUGAGACAGAGCUACUCUGUGUUAGCGUCCCCUGCGCUAAAGAGUGCACCUGUGAGGUUGCUGUGCACUGCCACCCAGCAGAAGAAUGGCCCCGGCUCGGAGGAGGAGCCUGAGAAGACGGAGCAGACUCCAGCAGAAAAGGUUCUUACUGAGGAGAAGGUCCAGCUGGAGGACCAACUGAAGGAGAUGACAGAAAAGUAUAAGAGAGCUCUAGCAGAUACAGAGAACCUGAGGACCAGGAGUCAACGGAUGGUGGAGGACGCCAAGUUAUACGGCAUCCAGGGCUUCUGUAAGGACCUCUUGGAGGUGGCUGACAUCCUGGAGAAAGCCACGGAGAGCGUUCCAAAAGAGGAGGUGACGAGUCAGAACCCUCACUUGAAGAACCUGUACGACGGCCUGGUGAUGACCGAGGUCCAGAUCCAGAAGGUCUUCACCAAGCACGGCCUGCUCAAGCUCAACCCCGAGGGCCAGAAGUUCAACCCCUAUGAGCAUGAGGCGCUCUUCCAUGCCCCCGUGGAGGGCAAGGAGCCUGGGACCGUCGCCGUGGUGACCAAAGUGGGCUACAAGCUGCACGGCCGAACCCUGAGGCCGGCAUUGGUGGGCGUGGCCAAAGCUUCCUAGGACUGAUUGGCUAAUGGCGUAACGAAGCGGGGUGAGCGCUGCCAGUGGAAGACAACGGACUUGGCAGACUGCCCAAAGCAACGCGGUCAUUUCCCUCAAAAACUGUCCUCACAUUCUGAGACUGGGCCAGCAACGCAAACUCUGGGGACAGCGACCAGCAGUUUUAAACUUCUGCUAGUAGACGGGCCUGUACAGUAAAUAUGUUAUCAUCAUCAUUGUGGUUUGCGUUUUUUCAGGAUCUGUUAGAAACACAAAGUUACAAGAAGCUUUCACAGUGUGGAGCAGCCCAGCAUCAUUAAACCAGAGGUUUUAAAUAAAGGCAUGUUGGGUCUGAGUUUAUACAUGAGGGGUAGAACCCAUUCUCCUGCUGGUGUCAUUCCUAACUUCUGUUUUUAUGGUUUGUCUUUUAGUGCUUGGAGUUUGAACUGCAUCACUGAAUUAAAGCUAAAGAGAUGUGAUGGAAAC